AAAUGGGGAUGUUUGGGAAUGCUGCUGGCUCUGCCAACAGGCUGCUCCAGAGGGGCCAGUGGGCACUGAUGCUGCUGCUGUCUGUGGCCAUCUACGGCUCUCACGCCCCCCUCCUGACCCUCUGCAAGGUGGAUGGGGCCAUCCCCUUCAGCUCCACGUCGGUGGUGGUCCUGGUGGAGCUGACCAAGCUGGCGCUGUCCCUCCUGUUCCUGCUGGCGGGGGCGCGGGAGCCACUGGGAGCGGCGCUGUCCUGGCGCCACGCCGCGCCCUUCGCCCUCUCCGCCCUGCUCUACGCUGCCAACAACAACCUGGUGGUGCACAUGCAGCUCUUCAUGGACCCCAGCACCUUCCAGGUGCUCAGUAACCUGAAGAUCGUCAGCACGGCGCUGCUGUACAGCCUCCUGCUGCGCCGGCGCCUGGGCUCUCGCCGCUGGCUGGCCCUGCUGCUGCUGCUGGCCGCCGGCGUCACCUACAGCUGCGGGGGGCUGCGGGGGCACGGCCACCCCGGCGGGAUGCGCCUGCACGUCACGCCCGUGGGGCUGCUGCUGCUCUCCGUGUACUGCCUCAUCUCUGGUCUCUCUGCUGUCUACACUGAAGCCAUCCUGAAAAGCCAGGCGCUGCCCCUCAGCCUCCAGAACAUCUUCCUGUACUUCUUUGGGGUGCUGCUCAACUUGUUGGGUUCUGUGUGGAGCGGCAUGGAGGGAGGGUUCCUGGAGGGCUUCUCCCCGUGGGUGCUGCUGGUUGUGCUCAGCCAGGCUCUGAAUGGUCUCAUCAUGUCUGUGGUGAUGAAGCACAGCAGCAACAUCACCAGGCUCUUUGUUAUCUCCUGCUCCAUCCUGGUCAACGCUCUCCUCUCUGUUGUCCUCUUCAACCUGCAGCUCACCCUCCUCUUCUUCAUGGCUGUGGCGUGCAUUGGCCUGGCUGUGUACCUGUACUAUGGAGUCACCUAGUCACUGCCUUCCUCCCACGUGUCUGGGCAGCCCCAGCCUUUCCUCAGGGCUGGAAUCAUUCCUGGUGGGUGCCUGCACAGCUCCAAAGAUUGCCCUGAGGAGGAGUGCUCAGGGAGGGAGAAGCCUGUCCCUGCUUCCACAGGGGAAUUGCCCUGCUCCAGUCCAGCCAGGCUCUGUGCCAUGGGGUUCCCAUGGGAUCAGGCAUGCCCAGCCUUAGGGGUGGUCCUGAGCCCCUUGUGCAUGUCUCAUAGCCUCAGGAUAUGCCAGGGGAGGUUCAGGUUGGACCUUAGGACCUUGGUGGUCUUUUCCCACCUAAAUGAUUAUGGUACUCUGUGUCCCAUGUCCUCAAGCUGCUUCCCCACACCACAGUGGCCUGGGAAUGCUCUGGCAGUCAUUGGCCCUGCUGCAUCUCCUGCCAGCCCAGCAUGGGACUGGUGCUGUUUCAGCUCCCAUGGAUGCUGCUUGAUCCCUACCACUCCUGGUGCUGCUUCCCUGGGCCUCUCCCACCUCCACGGUUUUCCAGCCUAGCCCCUGCCUGGAGCCCUGCUGUCUUCAGGUCCUGUUUCCCCUUCCUGGGCACAGUGUCUCUGCAGAGCAGGCAGGGACUGGGGCAUGUAGGAACUUUCACCUGCUCCCCAAAAGGGGGAUGUCCCCCAAGUGUGUACCAGGUUUCUGGCAGGCAGAGGCCACCCGGGGUAUUAAAGCUGCAGUUCAACAGCA